AUGUCUAUUCAAUCGAGCAUAAAUAUUCCUGAAAGCAGGAAAUGUGAAAUUUAUUCAGGAACUGACAUUGAACGAGAUUUUGGCGGUGAAGAGCUGGUUAAUGAUUUGGAUUCAAUUAAAGAACAUUUUAGCAUAAAGCCCACAGAAAAACACAUUCAUAUAAUUAUAAAACUGCCCGUUGUUCUGAUAUCUUUUAAAGCAGGUGUACCACCUGAACCCGAUGAUAUUUUUGAAAACUUCCUUAACAGUGAACAUAGUCAAUUUCUCAAAUCAUAUGUAACAAAUAAUGACGCGUUGCCAUUAUACAAAUCAAAAACACCGCUUAAAACAGACGUACCUGCUACCUCUUCAGAGGAACGUCCUUCGCUCUUACUAUACAAUCUCCCUGGAGGUAUUAUAGAAAAGCACCAACCAAUUACUCGGAUUUCAGAUAUUCAGUCUGCCAUUGCAAAAGCAAAGAACAACCUGUUGGUUAUGCUAGGGACAUCCGGAUGUCGAAAAACAAGAACGUCUUAUGAGUUACUCUGUGAAAAUUGGGGGCUUUACUUUGUGGCAUCACGCAAGGGAAAUGGAGGCUCAGGCGAUAUUGAAGCAAUCAAGAAUUACCUUGAGGAAAAAGUAACAGAAGAUUCGGAAAUAAAUCACAAACAUGCAGAACAUAUUACCUGUUGUGUAAUUCUUUCUCGACUUUUCAUCCUAAAUCAUUGUAUUAACUUAUUAUCUAACCUAACAACGAUCAAUGCACAGCGCUGGUUCUUACUGCAAGCCUGUCAUAAAAUCUUUGAAAGGCUUUAUAAUUACACUGAUCAUAUAUUUCUCAGACUCAUGCUGUCGCUCGCUGAUUGUACAUCAUCUUCUGUGAAAAAUUGCAUUGAUAUAACAUAUACAAAAAUUCUUAAAAUUAAAAAAAUUAAUAUCUUUCCCAUCAUCCUGGAUGAAACGCAAGUACUUGAAAUGGUACUUAAAGGAAAGUUUAAAUCACGAAGAAAUGAAGAGAAACGCUCACUCUUGUCUCCGAUCAUUCAGUCAUUGAGAGAGCCAACACCAUCUAUUGUAAAUCAUUGCGUCAUUCCAUGCGGUACUGGGCCUAGGAUCUUUUCUCUCGAGGAAGCUUUUAUUACAGGAAUUUCGAAACCAGAAACUGGCAUAGAUAAAUUCACUGAAUUUGGAGGAUGGCAGAGCGUUGCUCAUGUAAAGAACUACAUUAGUAAUCUAGUAGAAUUGACAGAUAAUGAAUAUAGCCAUCUUUAUGAUCACUUUCAUGGCCGAUUUCGUCCAAUUGUUACCUGUGUGGAAGAGAUUAUCAUGGGAGAAUCGGUAGAAGAUGCUCUACUCAAGAUCAUUGAUAUGGAGCGACCCAAUCACGUGUUUUCGACAAAUGUUCUUGAUUUGUAUAAAAGCGUAACACUUGUCUAUUAUUAUUCUGGAAGUCCGUUUUUGUUCACUGAUAUUAAUCAAAUGAUAGUUGUAAGUGGAUUUGGGCGUCUCCAGUUGGUAAACCCACCCACCAUCUCUCAGCUUAAGCAAGUAUUUGGAGGUAUAGAUGAAGAUAUGUUGCGUAUCUCAAGUGUAAAUGUAGAUUUGUUAUAUCCUACAUCAGAAAGGGAGAAAUCUUUGGUCACUUUUGUAGAUGAACCAUUUGCUCUUACUGCUUCCUUCAAUUACUUUAAGGACUACGAUAGUCUGCCUAAAGAUAUUCUUAAGAUGAUGUCCAAAGUUAAAAAUGUGAGUUCAUGUGGCUCAUUGUGGCAAAUGUACUUACCUGCGGAAUUUGAGAGAAUAUUCAACGGCCAGAAUGAUAUUAGAAAUAUACCGAUAUUUGCUAAAAUUACCGAGAAUGGAAACUUGCCACCCUUUUGUAAAAGAUCACCAAAGAUUGUCAAAUCCUCUAAAGAUAAUAUACCAUUAGUGGCAAACGCAAAUGAUCGCUGUGGUCCUGAUAUCAUUUUCUUUGUUGAAUUUGAGAAUAAUAUCACAAUUCCUGUCUUUGUUCAGGUUAAAUUGCACUAUUCAGUUCACACAAUCGCAGGGGCACUCAGUACGAUUGAUUCAAAAAUGUUUUAUAAGGAUAAAACGGAAAAAUUUUUCAAGAAUCAAAUAAACCCAUCAUUGCAACAGCUCAUUGAAAUCAUCAAUCACAAAAAUGCGUCAGAAGUUCUUCAAGGAGAUCAUCUACGAUUUUUAGAUGCACUGAAAAAUACUAUGAAAAGAAAAAAAAUGAGUGAAAAGGGUUGA